UAGAAUCUGGCAUUCAUAUCUCUCUCUUUAUAAAUAGACCUCAUGCUGUUUGUUCUCUCUGCACUUACACACUAAGCCACACUCAUUGCUUCCUCAUUCCCUCAGUGUCCCAGCUUCUCUUAAACUACCCUUCAACUCAAUCAAUGGCCAGUGUUCAGGUUUCAGGAUCUCCAACCGAAUUUGAAGAAAUCGAAGCAGCUGACGAAACAAAGGCUGAAGAGACAAUUGCAGAAUUGGAACCAGCCACUGAUCAUGAUGGCGAAGUUCCUUCAGAGGAAGCCAUAGAGGAAGCCGAUGAGGUUGAAGCCGAAGAGCCACCAGAGGAAGAAACCAAAGAAACUAAUGUUGAAGUCACUGAAGAACCAGCUGCAUCACCGGAAGAAGAUGAGAAUCCCCUCGAAGAAGAGGAAGAAUAAAUCUUUUGCGUGAGAUAAGUGCUUGGAAUUCUCCAUUAUACCCUAUGUUUCCUUGUCUUUCUUAUCAUUUGCAUGUCAAACUUGGUGAGAGUGAGACUAUUAUUGUUCUGUUUUAGUUGAAUGGAUGUAAUCUCUAAGGUUUGUUGUAUCAUUUAUUAACAUGAUCCUUUUUCCUCG